AUGUCGACGCUGAGCGUCCCGACCAACGCUGGCAGCAAACCCAUCUCCCGCUCGUCGUCAGCAUCCAGCCUUCGCAAGAGCGUGGAACAUGAGGACGACCUUCUACCGGCCUCUCGUAGGAACAGCGAUUCCAACACUCCACAGCCAAGUAGCCCUGGUGCUUCUCCAGCCGCCGCUCCUUCCUCCAAGGUCACCACGGACGCUCAGGCGGAGAAGCUCAUGCAGCAGUGGCAGCAUACUGGAAAGAUUCACGGUCCAACAGACUUUCACAGCUUGCAGCAUUACCUCGGCUUGUAUGUGUUGGCGAAGAAGGCAGAUAUGGAGCCAUUGCAGAAUAAAGGUGAGUGAUCUUCUCUGUCUCCCUCGACAGGACUGACUGGUCGCAGUGAUGGACCUCAUUCGUCACUAUUACGCCCGCGAACGAAUGACGGCUCCUGCGUUUCGUCUCGAAUACAUCUACACCUACGUUGGUCCUUGCCCGAUGCGCGACUUUCUCAUGGCCACCGCUGCCUGGCGUUCGCUCUCUGAGAAUCCGACUGCUCAAGAUGCCCACGUUUCCGAUUCGAUGCGCGGCGUCAUGCUCAAGAUCCCUGAGAUUGCAGUCGACUACGCCGAUGCCUUGAUCCAGAUUCACAGAGCAGAGCUGGACCCGCGCAAGGGUAUCGAUUGUGCUUGGCAUUCACAUGAGCAGACUGAUCCUUGCCCACCAGCUUCCACCGAGCCAUAGCAAACCGAUGGAACACCUGAGGAGCCAACUACCUGCGUCGUGGAGCAUGUUAAGAAACGUUGGACUUGCACCGAGUACUCGCGUGCGGAGAUGUCAGGCGGUCUCAGUGUGGACGGCCCGGAUGACCACGAGCCACCAGAGCCUGUCAGUGAGCAUCCUCCUCCACCCGGCCCUGUGACUACGACCGCAGUGGCUGCUGAGCCUGCCAAAACGGAGACUGUCGUGGUCACCAAGCACGACGGCACGCCUUUGGAAGUUUCCAAGACCGAGGAAAAGAAGGCAAGUCCUUCAAAGCAGCAUUGUGGACACACUGCUGACAUCAAACCAGGCCGUCAAGAUCGAAGAGACGCCCCAAGUCAUUGUCACGGAGCCACACAAAGAAGUUGUCGUAGUGGAAGAAAAGAAGAGCGAUCCCAUUUCAACGGAGACGACGACCACCACCACCACCAAGCCCCUGAAGGAAUCGGCCUCAGAGGGCGUUCUAGUUGAGAAAGAAGUGAAAAAGAAGUCUUCCUGGCCCAGUUUCAAUGAGCGAUUGCACUGGAGCCACAUUGAUCAGAAACUGGAGCCAAAAGAGGGCCAGGGCAAAUUCAAGACCAAGAUCAAGCGAUGGAUUGCGAUCUUCGUGCUCAAGUCGAAGUAUGUCGUUGUUGUUGUUGUUCUCCUCCAAUCUCUGUGAGAUCGCGCUAACAUUCUUGCGCUGCUAGGUUGAAGAAAGUCCACCGUCAUUGCCUGGGAAGGGGAAAGAAGGUGACCAAGACCACGGUGGAGACGGCCUCGACUGCUUCUGGUGCUACUGCGGCCACUGCGGCGGUUUAA